AUGGACACAACGUCUCCGAAGCAGGUCGGACUUGAAUCACAAAAUGAAUCGACCUCGGAACCAGCCAAGUUGGUUAUUGAUGAAUCUCGAACGAACGAACCGGCAACAGCUCCGGGCAAGAGAAGCAAGAAGAAGCAGCAACCGGCUGAAGACUUCUCGCGCGAAUUUCACGAUGACCCGGCCUUGAAGCAUGUUCAGGACCUGACUAGGUCGGAACAGGACGUGAGCGUUGACAUCGCAUUUCCAGAGGACAAAGAACUCUGGAACUCACUUAAGUCACGUCGCGCUAGCCUCGUUGGAAACACCGACGCAGUUCGUAAGGAACAUGAACGCCUUACGCAGAGGAUGGCUGAGGUCAUGAAACGAAUGGGAGAACGAUUCCGAGCGGAGAAGACCCGACCUGCGGCACAACAACAGGCUGCUACGACUCGGCAGAAACUCUUCGCACAGGACCCGAAAACGACCUCCACGACAACGCGUCAACUGGUCGUCAAGAUGAAGAAUCCCCAACCAGUAAGGGAACCUUCCGUGCAAAUCCAGGACGAACCGUUACUGGACUCGAAAGUGAUUAACUCGGCUAACUCGGCUAAGUUAUCACGGAGGGAAAAGAAGAAGGCCAAGAAAGAGGCCAGAAAGGAAGCCGAAAAGGAGGCAACCAAGGAACCUCCAAAGGAACCGACCAAACCCAAAUCGGAUACAUCAGUCAAAACGCCGAAACCUAACCCGGCCAAACGACAUAAAUCCUCAGACGACCUUGACACCUCCGACGCUGGCCCACAUAAGCCGGACAAGGGGAACGCCAAGGAGGAGUACGAUUACGACGCAGCCAAACAACGGAUGCGAGAACUGAUCGCUAGAGCAGGUACGAUGGCAACUAAAACAGAGGCCGAACGACCACACGAAAGGUCUAAGCCGACGCCUAAGCCACCUGUCAAAGUAGCGAAGCUUCUACGUCCAAGAAAGACUCGGACGACGGAUCAGAAAAACCUUCGGAACCCGAUGAUGGAAUCUCCGACCAUGGGGAAGCCGAUCCGUACGAAGGAUUUAAAGGCGAUCGGAACGAAGAAUGGAGUCACGAAGAAGACACUGACGCUUCCGAAUGGCCAGCCCCUGAUGACGUACGUCAGCGGCUACCCGACGCUCAACCUGGCGACCGACCAGUCGGAUUCCAUACAGUACGACUUCACGUCGAAAUAG